UCUGUAGUUUAGCUGGCAGGAAACAGGGUGCGCAGGUUCGAGUUUGAGAGCUACCAGGAGCCCCCAAAGCGGGUGCAGCCCCGUACCCCGCGCGCCCCGACGCUCCCAGGGUAGGUAACGCGGAAGAGCUGGGGCAAGCUGGUGGCGCCCGGAGCGAGGAUCGAGGGAAAGGAUGGGUCUGCACUGGUAGCUGCGGAGGAAGGCUGUGUACUCGAGCAGCGCUGGCGGGCGCUGGAGGUCGGCUGUGGGAAGACUAGAGGAAGUCGGGAGGAAGGAGGAAGAGAGGAGCCGCCGCCUCCGGGGACUCCCGGAGGAGCGGGGUGGUUUCUGCAGAUGGGGAGAAGUUCCAAUAGAACGCGGAGCGGUUUUUUUUCCCCGGGGGGAGUUGUGGGCGCAGGGAAUUGGGAAGCGGGGUCUGUGGCAUAAUUGUAGGCGUCUACGCUGGGGAAAGUACGGGAGUGGCAGCGGAAAUAGCUGAAAUAGCUAGGGAAGGAGGCCGUUCUGGAAGUGGGGUUACCUGCUUGAUGAGGCCGGACCAUGGGAACCCCAAAGCCGCGGAUCUUGCCCUGGCUGGUGUCGAAGCUGGACCAGGGGCAGCUGGAAGGCGUGGCCUGGCUGGACGAGGCGCGCACGCGCUUCCGCAUCCCUUGGAAGCACGGCCUGCGGCAGGACGCACAGGUGGAAGACUUCGGCAUCUUCCAGGCCUGGGCUGAGGCCAGCGGUGCCUACCUUCCCGGGAGGGAUAAGCCCGACUUGCCAACGUGGAAGAGGAAUUUCCGAUCAGCCUUGAACCGGAAGGCAGUGUUGCGUUUAGCUGACGACCGGAGCAAGGACCCUCUUGACCCUCAUAAGGUUUACGAGUUCGUGAACGCAGAAGCCAGGGACUCUUCUCAGCUGGACGCCUCUCCCGAAACCAACGAGGGAGGCAGUACCUCCGACACCCAGGAAGACAUCUUGGAGCUGCUGAAUGACAUGGUCUUGGUCCCACUCCCCGAUGACGGGGCCCUGGGGCAGUACCCUCAGCACUCGUGGGGUCCUAGCUUGGACAACCCCAUACCCUGUCCAAACCCAGGGCCCUCUGAAAACCCACUGAAGCUGCUUCUGGUGCCCGAGGAACAGUGGGAGUUCGAGGUGACCGCCUUCUACCGAGGCCACCAGGUCUUCCAGCAGACCAUCUUCUGCCCAGGGGGCCUGCGGCUGGUGGGCUUAGAAGCUGGAGACAGGACGCUUCCUGGACAGCCAAUAGUACUGCCAGACCCUGGGGUGUCCCUGACAGACAAGGUGGUGACAGGCUACGUGCGGCGUGUGCUGAGCAGCCUGGGCGGGGGCCUGGCUCUGUGGCGGGUGGGGCAGCGGCUCUGUGCGCGGCGGCUCGGGCACUGUCACGCGUACUGGGCUGUGGGCGAGGAGCUGCUCCCUGACUGCGAGCACGGGCAUGAAGGCGAGGUCCCCAAGGACGUGGACAGCGACGUGUUCGACUUGGGGCCCUUCGUGACAGAUCUGAUUGCCUUCAUGGAAGGAAGUGGACACUCGCCACGCUACGCUCUGUGGUUCUGCCUCGGGGAGUCAUGGCCUCAGAACCAGCCGUGGGUCAAGAGGCUCGUGAUGGUCAAGGUGGUUCCCACUUGCCUCAAGGCCCUGUUAAACAUGGCCCGGUCAGGGGGGGCCUCCUCACUAGAGAACACCGUGGACUUGCACAUUUCCAACAGCCAGCCCCUCUCCCUCACCUCCGAGCAGUACAAGGCCUACCUGCAGGACCUGGUUGAGGAUAUGGACUUCCAGGCCACCGGGGAGGCCUGAGCCCUGGCCCUUCACUUGUAUCAAUAAAGCGGACCCUGCUACCCUUA